GCAACAGGUUUAGAGUUCCCCCCCCCCUCCGCCCGCUCCCCAGCAGCCGGGGUGUGCGCGGCGGACGGUGUUGGGCAGGGCACAGGCCGGCGCAGCCUCGUUGUGGCGCGGGGCUGGCGGGGGAAGCGCGGCGCCGCCAUAUUGUGGGCAGUCGGUGUUUUCCGUGCCGAGUCGGGCGGUUCGGAGUUAAAGGGGAGGCCGCGGCCGGACGCUGCUCGGAGGGGGAGAGGAGAGAGAGAGGGGGGGGGGGAAAGAAAAAAAAAAGAACAGGAGAGACCGAACUACACGCACGCAAAAAAAAAUUAACUGAAAAAAAAGCCCCGACCCCCGUCCCCCCCCCCCGCCUCAAGCAAUUACCUCCCGAAAAGAAAGAGAGAGUGAAAAAUAAAUCGGCGCUGGCAGUGAAAAGUGUCAUCUAAGAGAGACCCUUCCUACUCCGUUGAUUGUCAACACCAAAAGUAAUUGCUUGCCCCCAGCUGUUAAACCACUUAACAUCUGCUUCUGAACUGCCUCUGGUCUCCUCCAAUAAGACAUGGCAGGACCUGUGCCAAGCAGGGCCAGAGUUUACACUGAUGUGAAUACGCACAAACCAAGAGAGUACUGGGACUAUGAAUCUCACGUGGUGGAAUGGGGAAAUCAAGAUGACUACCAGUUAGUUCGUAAAUUAGGUCGAGGGAAAUACAGUGAAGUGUUUGAAGCCAUUAACAUCACAAACAAUGAAAAAGUAGUUGUUAAAAUACUUAAGCCUGUAAAGAAGAAGAAAAUAAAGCGUGAAAUUAAAAUACUGGAGAAUCUGCGUGGUGGUCCAAAUAUUAUCACUCUCAUAGAUAUUGUCAAGGAUCCAGUGUCACGGACACCUGCUUUGGUUUUUGAACACGUAAACAACACAGAUUUUAAGCAGCUGUACCAGACCUUAACAGAUUAUGAUAUAAGGUUCUACAUGUAUGAGAUUUUGAAGGCUCUGGAUUAUUGCCAUAGUAUGGGAAUCAUGCACAGAGAUGUGAAACCACACAACGUUAUGAUCGACCAUGAACACAGAAAGUUGCGGCUGAUAGAUUGGGGUCUGGCAGAAUUCUACCAUCCUGGCCAGGAGUACAAUGUUCGAGUGGCCUCCAGGUACUUCAAGGGACCUGAACUACUUGUAGAUUAUCAGAUGUAUGAUUACAGUCUAGACAUGUGGAGUUUAGGUUGUAUGCUUGCCAGCAUGAUAUUCAGAAAAGAGCCAUUUUUCCACGGCCAUGACAAUUAUGAUCAGUUGGUCAGAAUAGCCAAAGUGCUAGGCACAGAAGACCUAUAUGACUACAUUGACAAGUACAACAUUGAGCUGGACCCUCGGUUUAAUGACAUCCUGGGCAGACAUUCCCGUAAAAGAUGGGAACGCUUUGUCCACAGUGAGAAUCAGCAUCUUGUCAGUUCAGAAGCACUGGAUUUCUUGGAUAAGCUGCUACGAUAUGAUCAUCAAACACGUCUAACAGCACGAGAAGCUAUGGAGCAUCCUUAUUUUUACCCAAUUGUGAAAGACCAAUCCCGAAUGGGCUCCUGUGGUAACAUGCCAACUGGUAGCACUCCAAUCAGCUCAGCCAGUAUGAUGUCAGGGAUAUCUGCAAUGCCAACCUCAUCACCACUGGGACCCCUUGCUGGCUCGCCAGUCAUCUCUGCUACCAACACCCUUGGGACGCCGGUUCCUGCCACUGCUGGGGCCCAGCCUUGAUGUCGCCCUCCUGACUACUUGUAACCCUGGCAACAGCCUGGUCACCCCUUUCCACCCCCUCCUUUCCACCUCACUCCUCUUUGGAAGCACGGGGAACCAGCUGGGCUUGUCACGUCUGAGCAGUUGCUUAUGGAUUCUCUUCAGUUCAAUCAUUUUGAAAAGGAAAAAAAUGGCUGAUUUUUACUUGAGAAUUUUUUUUUGUGUUUUGUAUGUUACAAACUUAGAGACAGUAUACCUCUUUUAGUCCUAACUAGGCCAUAUGUAAUGCCUCUGUCAGAAAUUGUUGCCUACACAAAAGCACUUGUUCAGUGUUAUCACAUUUUUCCCCCAAAGGUUUUUGAGUGGAGUUUGAGCAGAUGAUGUCAAAUUCUGUGAGCAUUGUCUGCUGCCAUAACUUAGUAACUUGGAAAUAAUUUAUUUUGAAAUAAUCAAUUUUUUUUCAUUCAAGUCUUUUUACCAGCAAUGGGAAUAAAUGCAAUUUGCAACUUUGCCAUUUAAAAUCCAAGUGGCCAGUAUUGGCUUAUGCUAAGAGAGAUUGUCUCUGACCUGAAACCUAUUGGAAAUAUUAAAUACUGGAAGCACAACAUUAAUUUAUACUGUGGCUUUUCAAAGUACUCUGUAAAACUGCUCUUAUUUAAGAGCAUCAUGAAAGCUAAUCCGUUCCUCCUGAUUUUUUUUAAAUGUUUUUGCUUGGACAAACCAAGUGAACCAUGAACUUUCUUCUCCUAUUUUUGUCCCAAGCACAGUACACCCUAAAGUUCCUUUGGAUAACGCAACUGUUUUCAGAGUUUGAACCAUAGUGAACUUGUUUUCAGACUCUUGGACUGAAAGUUUUUAACAGCUUUGAGAAUGUUUCCAAAAAAAAAAGGCAGCACCAGUACCAUUAAUGCCACGUAGACAACACUUUAUAUGCUCAUUUUCCAUUGUUUCUACUUUUUUUUUCCAGUUGCCUUUUAUUUAACAGCAUUAAAGGGAAGUGGGGAUGUUGAAUCAGAAAACAGAGGUUCAGCUUUUUCGGGAGGGUGGGGAAGGAAAAUUUGUGGGUGUUUUUUUUUGUUUUAAAGAAAAAAUGUUUAGAAGCAGCUGCUGCUGGUGAUUAGUGAGAUGGCAGUUGAGUAAAUACUGUGUUUGACUACAUUUUAUUAAACAGCCCUGAUUACACAUUCAUCAUCCAGUUAGGUGCAUUAUUUGUUCUUUCCACUCUGCAUUUUAUCACAUGGUUGUUUUCAUCUGCCUUCCUCAGAUCCAUUGGGUCAGACCGGAUCAUUGGCGAGCUCACUCAUGCGCCUGCAGGCUAGAGCGAUGAGGCACUUCUGCAUCUCAGUUAGUGCUGGGGCUUAAUGACAUUGUGCAUGUUUAUAUGCAGAAAUUCUGUGUUUAUGCAGUGGCCAUACAUUACAAUGCUAUUCAUUGAAUGGUGGUACCCUUAUACAUUCACAUAUUAGUAAAUGCAGAGCAGCGCUGUUUGCUUUGUGAUCACCAGUGACCCCAAAUUAGUUCCAGUCCAGGAAAUAUUAAUAUUUUAGGAGGUAUGUAUGCUUUAUGUUUUAACCACCCAUUAAAUUGGUUAUUCAGGAGCUGCUUUCCUUGGAAAUGCAAAUUUGGAGUAGUGUUGGAAUCUAAAAGCAUACUGAUAUGAAAAUAGACAAGAUUCUUCUAGUCAUUUGUUUUGUGUGGCUCUUGUGUAUCCCUUGUUGGGGGUCAGUGUGUGCACUGCAUUUGUGGGUAAACAAAUUUGGUUUCGAUACGGGAACAAGAAAUAGCUUCCUCUCAAUAUACCAAACCUUGUUGACAUGCUUGUCUCUUCUAAAACACACCUCAUGUAAAUAAGCAGCAAAGAUCAUCACCAAAACCUCUUGCAAGACUUCAGUUUCAAAGAAAACUAAAAUGAAAGCUAUAGGAAGCACUGCAGUAUCUUGAUUUAUUUUUGUGGGGUGUGAAUGGUCUAAUAUAAUCAUUGGAAUGGUAUUUUGGCUUAAUAUGAUGUAUAUUCUGAAAUUAUUACUAAAAUGUUUUAGCAAUGCAAGUUAAUAGCCAUUUUCGAUAUUUGACCCUAAUUCUGAUAUUUUCUUAGUAUUUUUCAUUUAGUUUAUUCUGAACAAAUUCUAAUGAAAUUCCCCUCAUAAUGAGUGCCACAACUGGAUUCAAAAGGCUGUGCGUGAUGUUAACACUCGUGCUUUCCUUUCUAAAGUCACAUUCCAUUUGGUGCAGAUGGUUCAUUAGCACAAUGAUACAGCAAUGCAUUGUAUAUGUUACUGUUUCACAGUAAAUAUUUGAAACCCCUCUCCUUCCCCUUUAUAAUUUUAUAGCAUUUCUGGGCAUGGAGUAUCAAAACUCCACUAACUGGGUCCAAGAUCUGCUUUUCAAAUUACAGUAACUUGUCUGAAUUUAGGACCUGUGCAAAACUGAAGACUUUUUAAUAAAAGAAAUGGUAAAAUGCCCCAAGAAUCUUUUGUGAUACACUGCACGUCGUAUGACUUGUAGUUUCAUUGGUCUGUCUUGGUUUGCAUUUAGCAACCUUGUUCUUGUGUCAUGGUAUAUUCAGCUAUGAGGAAGAAGAUGUCAACAUUUACCAACAUGUUUGCAAUGAAAUAUCAAGGCUAUCAACAAAUUGGUUGAAGAUGAGAUUAACAAAAACUUCCCUCAAAGGGUUAAACUUUACACCACCAGUUGCUAUCGAGUCUUAAAGGUUUUUUUUUUAACCUGUUUGAUUUACUGCCUCCUUAAUACCACUUGGAUGUAUGGUCCAUAUUGUUGUACUGCACUUUGCUGAUUUUACUGUUGGAUAUUGCUUUGUCUAUUAGCAAUGUCAUCAUAGAGAAUCAGCAGCACAUAACUCUUAAAACUCAUGGGUCCACCUCGAUCUUUGUGUACAGUAUAUUGGUCCAACAGCUUCACUCCUGAUGAUUAAAAUAGUCAUCAUAAAAAAGCAUAUCUAUUCUUUUGAAUUUCCUACCAAAUCCAAAUGUGUUUGAAGGUUCUAAAUGUCAAUACAAAUCAGGCAUUGCCUCUCCUUUUUAAAAAAAACACCUAUGGCCAUGUACAUUUACAGAAUUAAAUGGAGCUAAUUGUUAUCCUGCAGUCUUAGGAAUAACUAAUUUAGAUGUGAAAUGCAUUUUAGACUUGAUAGGUGGUUAAAAAAUAAAUUGCUAAAAUUGCAAGUCUCUGUUUUGUUUUAAAAUUAAUGAGAUAAACACAAAGCUUAACAAUAUUUCAUCUGAACUAUGGUGAAAAGUGUCUUGGUUUCAUUAUGGCUAAAAUUGAGUUGUCAAAUCUUUUGGCAAGACCAAUGCUUAUAGAAGCCUCUCAUUUCUAGAGGUAUGAAAGAAAAUGGUCCUCCAUUUAUGUUAGGAAUCUUCUGGCCAACAAUUAUUUGUGGCCUACACUUUUUUUUUGGAAAUUUCCUUAAGUAUUGAUUUCUUUUUGAAGUAAAAAUUGUUGCAGUCAUUUGAGAGUUUCAGAGUUGGUGUGUUUUCCUUCUAACUUUUUGAGCGGAGUGAUAUGGCGCCUAAGCAGGUUGAAGAUACCUGUUCUUGUCCCUGUCACCUCUAAAUUAUUACAAUUCUUCUACCCCUUCUCUGCCUCUAGAUGAAUCAUCUAUUGCAUUCCAGAGUUUUUCAACACAGGUGGGGGUGGUAAGGAAGUGGUAGAACUUGACACUAGCAUUUCACAAUUGUAACCAUCGUCAAAUCUAUUAUAAAUCUUGCCCUAAUCAGUGUUACCCCUUGGAGAAAUUAUCACAACUGCCCGAUUCAAACCCUGCCACCUUCAUUGAAGUCUCAUCCACACCCUUCAUGCUCUAACUUGACCAGAGUUAGAUCUGUUGUUAGUAUUCUUAAAUAGCCAUGCUGUACUGGGGCAUUCAUGACAGCCUGAUCAUACAAAAUCUUACAAUGCAAUAAUGAGUCACUUUGUUGUGACAAUGAAUACCAAUAUAGUGCUGUGGCUCUUGUAACUUAACCUUGCGAGCACCAUAUCAACCUGGGGGUUGGGGUGGACAGCUUGCUGUUAAAUGACUGUGUCAAGAUUUGUAACCAUUAAUUCCAAGUAAAAGUAACUGGAUAAAAAAAAAUAGAAAUUA